UAGCAGCACCUUCCUGCUUCACAUUGUUUGUGCUGCCUUGUUCUUAACAUGUGCACUACAAUCUGUGUUUAAUAUCAACAUGGCAAGUCAAGCAACAUUUCCCAAAACCCAAACAAGUGUGCAUGAAAUUGAUCAAAUGCUGAUGUUGUCAGGAGUUCCUCUGGUCUAUGAGUCCUUCAACUGGCAGCACGGAGUCUUUGUUGGAGCAGCCAUGAGGUCAGAGGCCACGGCAGCUGCUGAGCAUAAAGGAAAGGUCAUUAUGCAUGACCCCUUUGCCAUGCGUCCAUUCUUCGGUUACAACUUUGGUGACUACCUCGCUCACUGGUUGAGCAUGGAGCGCAGGAAGGCCCCCACUCAUUUACCCAAGAUCUUCCAUGUUAACUGGUUCAGGAAGGACCCCGCAUCUGGCUCCUUCCUCUGGCCCGGAUUUGGUGAAAAUGCCCGCGUGCUGGAGUGGAUCUUCAAGCGCUGCGGCAGGGAGAGUGAGGAUGAAGCAGCCAAGAAGAGCAUUAUCGGCUGGCUGCCAGUAGAUGGCGCCGUCGACACUAAAGGUCUGAGUGGCAACGUGGAUAUGGGUGCUCUGUUUGACGUGCCUGUUCCUUUCUGGCAGAAGGAGACAAAAGAGUUGAGAGCUUACUUCACUCAGCAGGUUGGAGCUGAUCUGCCAGCUCAGGUGGAGGCUGAGCUGAAGGCUCUGGAGGACAGAGUACACAAUUAAAAACCUACUAACAUGAAGUCCAUCCAGAAACAGGGAGGUGGUCACUGACUCAACAUUUAGACCAUCAGGGUGCAACCAGAGUCACUGGCUGGGUUCACAUACACAGAGAAGUUAAUAUUUGAAGGGAUUCAGUUCAGGAAAAGUGAGACAGAUGUUCUUUCUCUGUGAACACAGUCAGUGAUUUUAGUGAAAAUAAUCUACGAUGCAGAUCCUACACAUUGACACUACUUGACAUGAAUGCUGCAUCACUGAGGGACAGGUUUGCUUUGCAACAUGAAGGUUAGAUUUGUUUGUAGUUGUUAAACUUGUCAUU